CAUUACAAAUAAUCAUUUAUGUAUUUAUAAAAAGAAAUUAUUACAAAUAAAUGCAAACAUGUCAACUUUGCUUCAAAAAUACAGCGUUGAUUUAAUUAAUUUGCUCUCAUCAUAUUUGCCUCAAAUGCACAAAUAAAAAUAAAUAAUUGUAAUAAAGGUACUUCUUUAUCAUUUAUAUAUCAAAAAGCUAAUUAUAAAACAAAUAUUGGAUUCAAUGUUCAAAAUGUUAAAAGAAAACUUUUAGUUAUGACUUCUCCAAUCUUUUGAUUGAAUCUCAUGAAUUAAGUUUACUUACUGAUAGAAGUCAACAUCAAUUUUAAUUGAAUGAAGUAAAUUUUAUUUUAAUAUCAAUCUUUCAACACUUUAGAGUUAACUAAAUAUUGAACCAUAAAUAUUCUAACGUCGAAGAUCCAUGAAUGCGAUUGAUUUAUUUACUAAAAAUAAAUCACCAAUCAAAUAAGAAAAGUCUAAAAAAAUAACUUAAAAAUUAAAACAAUCCAUCAANAUAGGGACCUAUGGCUUUGAAUUUAUCUGUGUGAACUGUGGUGACUUAUUGCUGCAUUAAUUGGUAUUAAAUAUUUUUCAAAAUUUUUAUUAAAGAUUUGAAAUCAUGGUAAUACAUCUAAUAAUAUACUUUAGGGAAAACAACCAACUUAAGGUUAAAAGAAAACAAAGGAUUAGAUUGCUAAAGCUGCAUCACAAAGAAGUAAAUAAACAAAAAAGGUAUUCCAUCUUUUUUGAUUAUGCAUAAUAGAAAUGGACCAAGGGAAGAGCAAAGGAUAAGUUGAACAAUGCCGUAUUUUUAGAUUAAGCAUCCUACAAAUAAAUUGAGACCUAAUUACCAAAAAUGGGUGCAUUGAUCACAGUUUCAACAGUGUCAGAUAAAUUUAAAGUAAAUGGGUAAAUAUUGUUUAUAUAUUUAUAAUCAUAGUUCUUUAGCAAGAAGAUGCAUUAGACAUUUUGCAUAAAAAGGUUUAUUGGUUCCAGCUGGUGAAUAAAACUCUUAAUAAUAUAUCUACACUGUUAAUGCUUAAGUUGUAGCAGCAUAAAAAGCCGCCGCUGCUGCUGCUGCUGCAGAGAAGCCUUAAGCUUAAAAGAAAGCUCCAGCUAAGAAAUGAGUUUAUAAUUUAAGUACAUUACAAAUAAUCAUUUAUGUAUU